AUGCAAACGGACGCACCAUAUCAAUUACCCUCGCCACGUGAGACGGCCAAGCGGAAACGGAGAUAUUCUUACAGCGACAGGGCACAGGGUAGCUCAUUGUCAACGAACUUGCCAAACUCCAUCAACCCUUUCAGCCGUUCGCCCAGCGAGAGGCGUCAGCUAUCUCUAGCUGGUCUCAAAGACACCGAUGAGGAUCCAACACGAGGGAUUGAAUGCUUUCCCCACCGCGGGAUCGAUCGUAAGGCACCUGAAGUGACCGUGUCAGAGGAAGAGGAUGACGCGGACGAGUUGGAUGCAUCCGAAACGUCACAGGCAACAGCAGAAGAGCCUGAAAGGAUGGUCAGAAGUGGAAAGGAUAAACGAAACCAGAGGCGGCCGAGUUUGGCACAUCCAUUCAGUCGGUUAGAUACUCUGCUACGAUCUAUCCACCAACUUCUUGACCAGGCAGAGAUAACAAAAGCAGCAAGAUUAUUUGGCAUUGUGCUGCAACUUCGGCCUGGCAGCAGACCCAUUGAUGUUCGUCAACAUAAUAUCUGGGCAAUUGGUGCUGAAAUAAUUAUAAGAGGAGGCGAGGAUGUUACCUUGCUGCACCGAGGUUUACAACAUGUUGACAUUGAAAGCCAUGAGUAUACCGACGGCAUGCUCUCCGGAUCAAAAAGUUACACACGCAUUCGCAUUCCAAGGAGACGGCACCCUUCAGAAAAUCUCAAAAAGCUGAAGGCUUACCUUGGGGCGCUCAUUCAGAAAUAUCCAUAUGAUCACAAGUUUCCUAAAAAAACCUCAGCACUACAUUUUCAGCUUGCAAUGCUGACAUGUGAAGUAUAUAGCUGCCAUGCCAUGUAUGCCUCAGCAGAUUCACCCACCACUGCUCUGCAAUUGGACCUGGAAGAGGUACCCCCGCAGAUAUCAGAUAGGUACUCGGAGGAUGUCUACCAAAAUGACCAGUCGGAGAUGACCAUGAACGUCAAACAACCUGGUUCGGAAGUAAAUUUCCGAAUUCAGAGGGAACGUAACCAAAUAUACGCGCGUGAGGCUCUGAAGGAUAUUUCUAAGAGGAUGGACUCGCUCAUCAACGAGUUGCCGUACUCCAAAAAUCACCACUUCCUUCAAUUACGGGCAACAGUAUCACUUCUCAUUGCAGAGCUUCUAGCCCUAGACAAUGGCAGUCAGCAAGGCAUCACGAAUGAACCCACAGCAGCCAUAAAGUCGGAGCAAGAAAUUGCCAGUAUCAUGCUGCAAAGAAUUAUCGACAAUGGUGGACAUACUGCCAGACCAUUAAUGGACCUCAUGGCUGCAGCUGGCCGUCAAUCUGUACUUCGGCUACAGGGCGCUCCUUUAGCCCAUCUUUGCAAGAUCAACAUGGUGUUCGAGCUUCCGACUACUACACACCAUUCUCCCCCAGGGCUCCAUGCAGCUUGCCUCCCGACGAAGUUCGUGGAGGAAGACUCCGUCUUAUGGGCUCGGAGCGGCUCAUGGGGAUCCUCAGUGCUAUAUCUAGAUGCCCAUGAUUCUAGAGUCUCUGGGCUGUAUUCACUGGCUUCCGUUUGCCCCGUUUGCCCCGAUGCCAGUGAGUCCCUAUCACUACCAACUCCCUUGAAUCUGCCCAUAGCGUCCGCUCUUUGCCGAGGGGUGAACGGUUUGAGCCAGCUCGGAGUAACUGCCGCCUUCGACUUGCCUUGCAAGCCUGCCAUGACCUCGUGA